AUGCGUGUGGUAGGCUUGGGGGAGGCGGAGUUUGGGGGGCCGGGGGCGGGGCUCCUGCGCUGGGAGGAAGAGGGGGGGCGCGCUGGCUCCAGCUCGGCUCAGACAAAAGGCGGCGGCGGGAGCGGGCGGGAGGUGGAGCGGCGCCGCGAGGGCCUCAAGCAGCGUCCCAUCCAGCCCUCUUUCACCAAGUCCCUCUGCCGUGAGUCCCACUGGAAGUGCCUGCUCCUCUCGCUGCUCAUGUACGGCUGCCUGGGGGCCGUGGCCUGGUGUCACGUCACCACGGUGACCCGCCUCACCUUCAGCAGCGCCUACCAGGGCAACAGCCUCAUGUACCACGACAGCCCCUGCUCCAACGGCUAUGUCUACAUCCCCCUGGCUUUCCUGCUCAUGCUGUAUGCUGUCUACCUGGUGGAGUGCUGGCAUUGCCAAGCCCGCCAUGAGCUGCAGCACCGCGUGGAUGUGAGCAGCGUGCGGGAACGCGUGGGCCGCAUGCAGCAGGCCACGCCAUGUAUCUGGUGGAAGGCCAUCAGCUACCACUAUGUCCGCCGCACCCGCCAGGUCACCCGAUACCGCAAUGGAGACGCUUACACCACCACCCAGGUCUACCAUGAGCGCGUCAACACGCACGUGGCCGAGGCCGAGUUCGACUACGAGCGCUGUGGCGUCCGCGACGUGUCCAAGGCGCUGGUGGGGCUGGAGGGCGCGCCGGCCACGCGCCUGCGCUUCACCAAGUGCUUCAGCUUCGCCAGCGUGGAGGCCGAGAACGCGUACCUGUGCCAGCGCGCGCGCUUCUUUGCCGAGAACGAGGGCCUGGACGACUACAUGGAGGCGCGCGAGGGCAUGCACCUCAAGAACGUGGACUUCCGCGAAUUCAUGGUGGCCUUCCCCGACCCGGCCAGGCCACCCUGGUACGCCUGCUCGUCUGCCUUCUGGGCUGCGGCGCUGCUCACGCUGUCGUGGCCGCUGCGCGUGCUGGCCGAGUACCGUACGGCCUACGCGCACUACCACGUGGAGAAGCUUUUCGGCCUGGAGGGCCCGAGCUCGGCCAGCGGCAGCGCGGGCGGCGGCCUCAGCCCCAGCGACGAGCUGUUGCCCCCGCUCACGCACCGCCUGCCGCGUGUCAACACGGUGGACAGCACGGAGCUCGAGUGGCACAUCCGCUCCAACCAGCAGCUGGUGCCCAGCUACUCGGAGGCGGUGCUCAUGGACCUGGCGGGGCUGGGCGCGCGCUGUGCUGGGGGCGCGGCGGGCGGCUACGCGCCCACGUGCCGCUACGGUGGGGUGGGUGGCCCAGGCGCAGCGGGCCUGGCCCCGUACAGGCGCAGCUGCGAGCACUGCCAGCGCGCCGUCAGCAGCUCGUCCAUCUUCUCGCGCAGCGCUCUUAGCAUCUGCGCCAGCCCUCGGGCCGGACCGGGGCCCGGCGGCGGGGCGGGCUGUGCGGGCAGCCGCUUCUCCCUAGGCCGCCUCUACGGCUCCCGGCGCAGCUGCCUGUGGCGCAGCCGGAGCGGGAGCGUCAACGAGGCGAGCUGCCCCACCGAGCAGACGCGGCUGUCCAGCCAGGCCAGCAUGGGGGACGACGAGGACGACGAAGACGAGGAGGAGGCCGGGCCGCCGCCGCCCUACCACGACGCCCUCUACUUCCCCGUGCUCAUCGUGCACCGGCAGGAGGGAUGUCUGGGCCACGGCUACCGGCCGUUGCACCGCCACGGCUCCUGCGUAGAGACCUCACUGUGA